ACCAAAGUACAGAAGAAAAGCAAGUGUUGACCAUAGCAAAGUGUCGCAUAAUGGGUAGUGUUCUGGCCAUAUCAUCGAGACCGUCAGAUUCGGCAUCUGGUGCUUGAUUGCGAGCCGAACAUCCAACGGCGGGUACGUGUUGCAGAUUGUCCGCCUACGAGAAUUACUGUCGUGCUGGAGCUUGAAUUGAGACCUGUCAUGACGAAAUCAUCCAAGACAUUGAUCUCAUCCCCCACCCGAGUAGAAUUCAAGUAACUCACAAGACCGGGGUUUGAGCGCCCAAAGCCUUCCCCCCCAUCGACGAACUAGACGACAUGUCCAGAUCUGCUCGAGGCAGCAUCAAACGCGGAAGAAUUCCGCGCAAAGCGAGCCUUUCAACCAGACAACACCCCGAGGUCUGGCUCCCGUCUAUCACGCCUGAAGAAGAUGCCCAGAUGUCUCGUCCAGUCAGUAUAGCACACCAAGGGAACACAGCGAGCAGCGAAGAAGAGAUAACGCGCCGACGUGCGGAAGAAAAGCAGAAGCAAGACUGGGAGCGCUGGGGUCAUUCUGGACCGCAGCCUAGUCGACUUACACCAUCUCCCCAUAUGCGGAACAGCAAAGUGGCACCGGACGCUCCGUCUACAGAAGAGGGGAAAAGGAAAGAGAAGGAGGAGGAAAUUAAACGCAAAGAAGAUGAAAUCAAACGAAAGGAGACGCUUGUGAAAAAGAAAGAGGAGGAUGUCAGAAGGAUGGAGGUGCAGGCGGACAAAAGGGCGGAAGACCUCGGAAAACGGGAGGAGGAAGUAGGAAGACGGUUAGCUGAGGAAGAAAGUCGUGUCGCACAACUCGCCCAAGACAUUUUGCGAAAGUCUGAGGAGGCGAAAAGGAAAGAAGACGAAGUUCAACACAAGGAGAAGGAGGUCAAACGCAAGGAGAAGGAAGUUAGACGCAAAGAGGAGGCAGCGCACGCCAAAGAGAAGGAGAUCCGGAGGAAAGAGGAAAAACUGGCGCGACGGGAAAAAGAAUUGGCGCGACGGGAAGAAGAGCUUGAUUCGCCGGAAGACCUUACUAAUGAAAUCCAGGGAAGACCACAGUAUCCGACCAAUUGUGGAGGCUUUGGGGAUAUCUGGAAGUGUGAUUUAGCGAAGCCCAGUGGAACCGUUGCGGUAGGCUCCGCUUUUAGCGCUUCCUCUAUGGUACCAAUCUUGAACAUGACCCAGGUAGCAGUGAAGACUAUCCGUGCAUUCCAGUCGGAUGAUGAGGAAUUGGUGAAGAAGAAGGCAAAGGUAAUUUCAAUGCCCUCUUCCAUGUGUGUCAAAUGAUGAUGACUCGGAUUAUAGAGAGUGCGUCGUGAGCUGAAA